UCCCCAACUGCUGGCGGUAAUGAGGUAAUGCGGCUGCCGCCGCCAUGUAAUCACAACACCGGGGAAGAGGAGCGAACACCGACGAUUAGUGAGACCGGACACCUAUGGACGUCACCUGUGCUGUGUCCGUCGGUUACCGUUCACGGUUAGCGUCGUAACGGAUGUGACGUUAGGACAUUAUAACGCACAGCGAUGCAGGACAUGGCGAACCACCCGAAGGCGGCGGCGCCAUGUCUAAAGAAGAUAUGCUUCCAGGCUGUCAGGAGACAUUUCGCUGCUCUGGGCGGGGAGGCGGUUCUCGGUCUUCCGACGCCUCUCAUUAAGGACCUCCUUCCUCAUCUGACGGUGUGUCAGCUGGAUGAGCUCCAGCCUUCCCUCAACCAGAGAGGGUUGUCAACUCACUCUGGGUGGAUUGGAGUCCUGCAGGACAUGUGUGGACCAAACCAUGUCACAGACUUUGACACCGAAGAAGAGGCCAAACACGAAGUAAUGAGGCUGCUUUUUACUCUCGUCUUCUACGGCUUGACGAACCCCUUCGUCAAGAGGAACAUCACAAACUUGAACACACCGUCCUUCCUGUGGGCGGCAGCCAAAUGUAUUAAACACUUUCUGCUCACUACGCCAGUUGAGUGUUUGACCGCCGAGCGGCGGCCUCUUCUGAACCUCCUCGAGAAGCGCAUCUGGAGCGUUGGCAUAUCUCAGAGCAUCGAUAUAUCAAAGAGGAGGACGCAGACUGCAUUGUACGUCCUCCAUCGCCUGCUGGACCAUGGGGUGGCCAAAAAAGUUGUGGUACAUGUGCAGUGUCCCAUAGUUCUGGCCUGGAUCCUACAUGGCAGGGGAUCUCAGGAUGUGAACCCUGACCUCAAGGACCUACUGAACAGCAAGAAGGCGAGCUGCAUUUCACAAGCUGCUUCAGCCAGUGCAGACAGGGCCAGUUGCGGUUCAGGUCUCGGGACCAGGGCUUCAGAGGAUCAAGUCACUCCCUGCAAACGCUCCAAAUUGGACUCUGCGGAGGAAUCUGGGAAAGCAAACUUUACAUUGGACCCGCAAGUUCUCUGUCGAACCUUCACCCCGUGUGGCGGACCCCCGGUGGGUGCUUGUCCUUGGGGACGGAUUGACUGUCUGGACAUCAGGCAGUGUGGGUCCGACUCCCUCCGAGUGCUGAACUCUGCCCUGCCCACAUUUUUCUGCCUUCGCUCUCUAACUCUUCACAGCUUUUUGACCUUCAGGGAUUCGGAUGUGUUGUUGCUGGCCAGGGCCCUGAAGCAGCUCUCUGAGAGCUCCCGCAGCUCUCUCGUCGACCUGAGCGUCAGCGUCCUGCCGUGCACCCGGCUCGUGGAGGUCCUGCUGGACGCAAGCCCCCACCUGACGUCCCUGCACGCGGAGAUCCAGACUUUGAUGUGGGGGCCGCGCCCCUUACCGCAUCGCCCCAGAACUGUGGAGUCGGACAAGUCAGCAGGGCUGCUGCCCCUGGAGAAGCUGGACAUCAAAGUGGCGGAGCUCCAGACAGAUCUGCACUUCGUCACAUCGGUGCUGAGGCGCUCUCCACAUUUCAGCGCUCUUCACCUCGCCGGGAUGAGAUUACCGACCGGCUCCUCUUUAGGCCAGCUCUUCACCACUCUCUCAGAGUCAAAUCCCCUCUUGAGGAGUCUCAACUUGGAGGACCUGAAGCUGUCCGAUUGUCUCCCCGAGAUCCUAAAUCUACUGAGAGACUGCAAGUUGGAAGAGUUGCGGUUCAGUGACUGCCGCCUCGCUGAGCAGUGGAGCAACAGGGAGGAGAGUCUGCAGCGUCUGGUUGCGGCUCUGAAGGCGGUGCCCUCCCUCCACACGCUUAGCCUGGCUCAUAAUCGGCUGGCUCUACUCCACCAUCUGCAAAUGCCUCACAGAUAUAAAGACCUGGAUGCAAGCCAACUUCCUCAAACUCAACAGCGACAAAUCCUCAUCAUCUUCAUCAUCGGCCCCAAAUCACUAAACAAAUCCCACCACAACUUCUCCCUCUCCAUCGAUGGCCCCUCUGUUCCUGCUUCCACACACAUCUGUAACCUUGGUGUCAUCUUUGAUCCAACCCUCUCCUUUGAAUGCCACGUCAAGCACAUCACAAAAAACGCCUUUUUUCAUCUUAAAAAACAUUGCCCGUCUAUGCCCCUCCCCUCCCCUCUCCUCUUCAGCGGCAGAAAUACUCCUCUUCAUCACCUCUCGACUGAACUACUGCAACAGCAUCCUGUACGGCACGUCCACCAAAAUCAUCAACCGACUACAAUACAUCCAGAACUCAAGCUGCUCGUCUGCUCUCCCACUCCCACACCAGAGACCACAUGACCCCAGUCCACCAGAGACCAGAUCCCCCUAUUCCACCAGAGACCACAUGACCCCAGUCCACCAGAGACCACAUGACCCCAGUCCACCAGAGACCAGA